AUGAAGAGGGCCACGAUCUACGCUACCAGGCAGCUCCCCGCGAGCGUGGCGUGCCCCAUCAACUGCCACUGCGACUAUGGCAUGUCUGGCAUCUUGUUGGGCAUAUUUGUAAUUCUCGCCGCGGGCGUGUUCACCUUCUUUCCCGUCUUCCUGAAUUGGUUCGCGUGGGAGUGGUACAUCGACCUGUGCUGGCUCUGGUUUUGCCUCGGGGUCGUCAUCCUGACGUUCGCCUGCGUCUACGAGUGCUGCGUCGGCGCUCCCGACGCGAAGGCCCGGAAGCCAGAGGCGGACGUCGAGGACGGCGCCGUGAAUGCCCUUGCGCUUUACAUUAUGAUCAACAACUAG